AUGAGCAAUCCAUGGAACAAAUUUACUGCUUCCACAGGUUUGCAAGCUAAUCCGAGGAAAUGCAAGGUGUAUUUUGGAGGCGUAAAAGAGGAGGAUAAGCAGAAAAUUCUGGCUGUAUCUGGUUUUGAGGAAGGCAUAUUAUCGUUCAAGUAUCUCGGGGUGCCUCUCUCAAGUAGAAAGCUGAGUAUUAACCAAUGUCAACCAUUGAUUGAUAAAAUUGUGGCUCGAGUCAACCACUGGACAACACAUCUAUUGAGUUAUGCGGGUAGGAGUCAACUUGUUAAAAGCGUGUUGUUUUCCAUAACAGCCUACUGGGCUCAAGUCUUCCCCCUUCCAAAGAAAAUUUUGCAUAGAGUGGAAGCUAUUUGUAGAGUGUUCCUUUGGAGUGGAAAAAGUGAAGGUAGUAGGAAGGCUCCCAUAGCAUGGGACAAAAUUUGCGAUCCGAACAGUGCAGGAGGUUUGAGUAUUGUGUCUCUUCUAGAAUGGAAUAAAGUAUCAAUGCUUAAACUCUUGUGGAAUAUACAAGAUAAGAAGGAUAAACUUUGGGUAAAAUGGUUGGAUGCGUACUACAUUAAAGGGAAAAAUGUGAGGCACUGGAUUGUCCCGGCUGAUAGUUCAUGGAUUGUGAAACAAAUCAUGAAAAGUCGUGAGUGGAUUCUGGAUGAUCAGAAGUGGCAGCAGGAGCUUACAUUAGAAAAAUUCCAUACCAAGAAAUGGUACCACGCCUUGAGAGGUGAGAAACCUAAGGUGGAGUGGAGGACAAUCCUCUACCAUAAUCAUGCUAGGCCUUGGGCUAAGUUUCACACUUGGAUGGUUUUGAUGGGAAGAAUUCCCACAAAGAACAGGAUUGCAAAGUUUGGAGUGAUAACGGAUAUGUUGUGCUGUUUUUGUAAUGCUGAGGAAACCAUAGAGCAUUUAUAUUUUACGUGCUGA